UUACUAUAUAUGCAUAAUCCACCCAUCAACAAUUUUAUUCUUUUCCUUCUUCUUAUCCUCCUUCUUCUCCUUCAUGUUCUUGAAGAAUGAGAUUGAUGGCUGUUAACUAUACUUUCUCAGCUCAAAUCUCAAUUCAGAAACAUGGUUCAUUUCUAAAAUAUGCAAAAAAAGAGUUGAUGUACAAACGCAGCUCUGUCCCACAGAAAAAGGCACCAGUUGGUCCAGUACUACUAAGGAUCUCAGCAUCCAUCAAGAACAAGGUUUAUGAAGAUCAAUCUGAGGGCAUAAUUUGCUAUGAAGAUGAGAAUGGAGAAAUAAUUUGUGAAGGGUAUGAUGAAGGGCCUCGUUAUCAACGAAUUUCAAGGCCAACCCAUCAUCCAAGGGAUGCUGAAAUAAUGAAUCUUCUACUACAACUAAGUUGUCUUCAGAUUGUUAAAGGGGAAGGAAUCAAUCAUGCAGUUGAAAGUGUUCAUCUGCAAGAGGAUUUAACUGCAAUAAAUGGCUUUAACUCAAUUGGCCAAUCUAUCUAGCCUUUGUCAUACUCGAAAAAGCUCUGAACAGUUAUGUGCAGUGCUUGUAGUUGUAUGUAUCAAAAUGGUGAAUCAAAUUAGCACAUGUAUAGGGGGUUCGUUCAUACAAUUUGUACAAGUUAAUAAUGUCAAUGCUUUUUCUUAAUUGCUUUUCCUUUGCAAUCAGUUCAUACAGUUGUUUAUUAGUAUUUUAGAUUAUCUGAUAGAAGAGAAAGGGAAUAAUGAUGACUUCUUAUCACACAGCAAA